CCACAAACCACGGAAAAGGACGGUCAACUCGGAUUGACCCUUACUCAGGAUAUGAGAAGUUGGCUUGAAGGAGGCAACAAACAGACAGAAAAGAACUCCGACUCGGACUCCAACUCGGCUUUAGCUUAGACUACACUACACUACCCUACCCUACACUACACUCACUACCUAGGCCUAGGGCAAGGAUUCUCUACAGUAUUCAUAUAAUUCAACAACACCGCACUCGACAGUCCCAAAAACUUGGAUUCGGGGAGUAGGGUUGUUUGUCGAGUAUACUUCAAUUGAUACUUGUGGUAUGACGUGAGUAUAUGCUCGAAUUGUUUCUACAACCACAACCACAACCACAACCACCAAGAUGCUCCCGCCAACCCCAUCACCAUCGCCUCCACCGGCGGCCAUCAUGUCCGGCGCGACGGCUAUCUCACCAACAUCAGCAUCAGCAACAACAUCCACACCAACAAUAGAGGAAGAACUGACAACCGCCCUCCACGAAGCCCUAACCUGCACCGGCUGCACCACCAUCCUCCGCAUCCCCAAAUCCACCUUCCGCGCCGACACAGCAUCCGGCCGGUACGAUCCAGCCCGCACCGUCCCGUUCAAUCCCGCACAAGCGGAUCCCGAUCUGGCGCCGCACGAGCUGCCUCCUGCCACUUCUUCAGACGACGAUGAGAUGGACCUUGAAGCCGAUGAUGCUGUCCACUCUGGUCCUCAAGCCCGCUGCCGGACCCAGGAAUCCCCGAAAUCACAGGUGGAGCAGCAGCAUCGGUACAUCAGCUACGCGGAGCUCACCCCGCCGUCCACGCCCCCCUCCUCGAGUUCCGUACAGGGGCAUCUGUACGAAGCGCUGGUGGCGCGAUAUCUCCUCGAGGGAGAAGAUGAUACCUCGGACGACGGAAGUAACAGCGAGGAUGUCGCGUUCGCGAAAUACCGCGCGGACUACCAUAUCCAUGUGCACUACACGCUGCGGCGGGGAACAUUGAGCAUCUGUCGGGAUGGAAAGGAUGUCUAUGAGUUGAAGGGGUGGAAAGGGCGGUUGCAUGCGGUGGAUUCGGGUCUGAUAGACUUGGAGGAGCUCGAGUCUGGCAUGAUGGACUGGCGCUAUGGGAUCAUCAGGGAAAAGGGUGGCGGCGGGACAGUGGGAAAGGGAGAGGGAGGAUACUACUCCUCCAAUCCCUACCAGUCUUACUACCCAGCUCCAAGCCCGAUGGCGGCUUUGCCUCGGACCCAGAAACUGGGCGGCUGGCCCGACGAUGCAAACCAGCUCAUGGCGUCGCAGGUGGCGCUAUGGAGAAAACGGGGGCUGAAUCGGCAGCGACGAGUCGAGGACGUCCGCAUCAGGUGGGCUUUCAUCAUGGAGGAACGGAGACGGCAGCGACUGGCCGCUCUGGCGCAGGCACAACAACACAAAGCAACUAGCAGUGUCAAGGUGAGGCUGUAUUGUUCGCAGGCCGGCGGGGAUCGGAACCUCAUACGGGAGAUCGAGAUGGAUGGGAGGUCGUUUGGAGAGCUCAUCACAUGAUCUCGAUGAAUGAGUGUCAUGGUCUCAAAGGGAAGAGAAAGGGAAAACUUUUUCUGCUUCAUACAACGGAAUUGAGGAUUAUCAGAGCAUCGCUAGCCACGCACACAAACCUCUUCCUGGGUCAAAACAAGAACACGAAUAGUGAGUGACGGCGGAAAUCCGACAGACCGACAACCCAAACGAAUGCAAGUAGGUCGGUCUCUGUUUGCGAACAGCGCAAUAAUGCAGGUGCAAUGAGCAAGUCAAAUCAUCGAGGGGGAAACGCCAU